CAUAUUUUUUUCGAGAUGGUUUCUUCGAUGGCGGCAAUUCAACGGCUGAGGGAUGAGAAGCAUCGUUUUCCCUACAGGGUGGCGGAUAUUGGGUUGGCGAGAGAGGGUCGAAUGCAGAUAGAGUUGGCGGAGGUGGAAAUGCCGGGAAUGAUGUCUCUUCGAAAGAGGUUUGGUUCGUCUAAGCCUCUGACAGGCGCACGAAUUGCGGGGUGCUUGCACAUGACGGUGCAGACGGCCGUGCUGAUAGAGACGCUGAUUUGUUUGGGGGCCGAGGUGCAAUGGAGUAGUUGCAACAUUUUUUCGACGUACGAUCCGGCCGCGGCGGCGAUGGCGGCCAGAGGGGUGCCGGUGUAUGCGUGGAAGGGGAUGACGGAGGAGGAGUACACGUGGUGCAUAGAGCAGACGCUGAUGUGGCCCAACGGGGAAUACCUGAACAUGAUUUUGGACGACGGGGGGGACUUGACGAACUUGGUGCACGACAGGUAUCCGGAGCUGCUGAGUGGCAUAAGGGGGAUAUCUGAGGAGACGACGACGGGCGUGCAUAGUUUGUAUCGUCGGAUGGAGCACGGCCAACUGAGGGUGCCGGCCAUGAACGUGAACGACUCCGUGACGAAGUCCAAGUUUGACAACUUGUACGGGUGUCGCGAAUCCCUGUUGGACGGGAUCAAGAGGGCGACGAACGUGAUGGUGGCGGGAAAGGUCGCCGUGGUGGCGGGAUACGGAGACGUUGGGAAGGGAUGCGCGCAGGCGUUAUCGUCUAUGGGGGCGAGAGUGCUGGUGACGGAGAUUGAUCCAGUGAACGCGUUGCAGGCGGCCAUGAGCGGAUACAGCGUAGUGAGCAUGGAAGACGCGUGCAAGGUGGGUCAGAUUUUCGUGACGUGCACGGGUUGCUGUGAUAUCUUAACAAGCGAGCAUUUCAUACAAAUGCCGGACUAUGCGAUUUUGUGCAACAUCGGACAUUUUAACGUCGAAAUUCAGGUAUCUUGGCUCGACCAGCACGCCGUCGAGAAGGUCAGCAUCAAGCCCCAAGUCGACCGAUACACACUACCAAAUGGCAGACACCUGAUUGUUUUGGCCGAGGGAAGGCUCGUCAAUUUGGGCUGCGCGUCCGGACACCCCUCGUUCGUGAUGUCAAAUUCCUUUUGCAAUCAGGUGCUGGCGCAAAUUCAGCUGUGGACAAACCCGGGCAAGUACAGCAUUUCUGUUCACAUGCUGCCCAAGGAGCUGGACGAAGAAGUCGCUCGGCUUCACUUAGACUAUCUCGGCGUCAAGCUGACCAAGCUGACCCCGGAACAGUCCAAGUACUUGGAAGUCAAUCCGGAAGGGCCCUACAAGAGUCAGCACUACCGGUAUUGAACAGAGUGCUCCAUGCUGUAAGAAGCAGAUCUAAAAAAAUUUUUAGGCUAUUUAUAGCCUUGACAAAAGACA